AACAUCGUAACUACACAUUCCCGCCAAAACCACUUUUUGCUGGAAUCGUAAUCUCUGGUUCCUAAUACGCCGUGUGUUACACAGUAAUACGUGAAGACUGGCGGGAACAUAUUGUGUGCAGUAAUUUUAAAAGCUCGUAUAUCCAUGUGCAACAUUUUUGUUAUUUCAAAAUGUCGUAUGUGCGAACAUUUUUCUUACAGUUUCGGUCUUUUGUAUCAGAAGUUAAAUUGUGUCCGAAGUGUCCAGAUGUCAUUCAUAAAAGAAAUGACCAUAUUCGUAUGGAAUGGAAUAGUCAGCUAGUCACAUGGCCACAAAAGUGGGGCUUUUUGAUCCUUGAAUAUGCAAAGCUGAACAAAGAACUAGAUACGAGACAGAAACUGACUCCGAGUGAGGAACAAGCACUGGCCUGGACUGUCAAUGGUAAUAUUCAUCUUCCACCUAUCAAAAACAUUCGGACAUCGGAAGAAGGAAGAAAGAAAUUCCCCAAAACAGCGGCUCAGGUGGUUGGCUGGAGAGCACACAAGGAUUUGUCAGUACCAAGCUAUUUGUGGCUGCAGAGACCAAAGCCAAGGAUUUCAAUCGACAGGUUAUUGAACUGGCCGGUUGGUUAAUACACAACAUCAUAGUGUAACUGUAAAGCUAUUAGUUUGCCAGUCAAUGUUUUUGAUUUUUAAAAAUUCACACUGUACACACAAAAUGUAUUCAUUUUAGCAUUUUAACUGCCGCAUUACUAUAACAUGGAGAAAAUGCAAUAAAACACAGGAACACA